GCGACGAUGAAAGCGCGGACAGCGGGCAUCUUCGCCAUCGGGCUCAUCAUCCGCCUGGCAUGUGUGCUGUGGGCAGAGUACCAAGAUCGAACGAUGCCUGUCAAGUACACGGAUGUGGACUACGACGUAUACACUGAUGCGUCCCGAGAGAUCUUGCAAGGCAAUUCACCGUUCGACCGCACGACGUACCGCUACACCCCAAUCUUGGCGUACAUGCUGCUUCCAAAUGUAUACUUGCACGAAGCAUGGGGGAAGCUUCUGUUUGUAGCGAGCGACAUGAUCGUCGGGUACCUCCUGUAUGCAAUUUUGAUGAUGCGGGCAAUGCCGGAAGCAUCGGCCAUCAACUACACGAUGUGGUGGCUGUACCAUCCGUUCUCGAUCAACAUCUCCACUCGGGGCAACGCCGACACCGUCGUGGUGCUGCUGUGUCUCUUGACCAUCUACUUUUUGAUGAAAAAGCAUCUCGUCGUGGCUGCAGUCUUUUAUGGCUUGGCGGUGCACUUCAAGAUUUACCCCAUUGUGUAUGCCCUGUCGUUCCUCGUUUUCCUCGACGAAGACUACGACAGCUCCAUCAAGCCCAUCCAAACGACGGCGGGAGUCGCCGCCAAAGCGUGGCACUGGCUGAAUCGCACUCGACUGGCCUUUGGCCUUAUCAGCGGCGGCGUGUUUGUUGUCUUAACUGCCGGGUUCUACCUCAUAUACGGCUACACGUUCGUGUUUGAAGCGUACUUGUACCAUUUCACCCGCACGGACAACCGGCACAACUUUUCCAUGUACUUUUACGACCUGUACCUUCGCUACGGCACCAACAGUGGGUUUGUCGUGGGGCUGGUUGCGUUCCUCCCGCAGUUUCUGACGCUGUUUAACAUUUCCCUGCGCUGUGGCAAGGACAUCAUGCACGCCCAAUUCCUCUUGACCAUGGCGUUUGUCGUGUUCAAUAAAGUUUGCACCGCCCAGUACUUUUUGUGGUAUUCCGCGUACUUGGCCCUCGUGCUUCCGACGACCGACCUCAAGGGAUGGCAAGGCGCGGCCAUCAUCGGCGCUUGGUUUGGCGGCGAGUUGCAUUGGCUGUAUUGGGCCUACGAGCUGGAAAUGAUGGGCCGCAACACGUUCUUCCCGAUUUGGGUGGCGGGCCUUGGGUUCUUUGCCGUGAACAUUGGCAUCAUGGCGCUGUUUAUUCAAAGCCACCACCACCACCCGUUGUUUGCCCGUGGCAUGAUCGUGCCGUUGACCAAAGGAUAGCAACCCCAUAACGCUCUUGAAUAUAGCUUACGACUACACCA